AUGGCGUACUGGGGCCCAAAAGUUCUCUACUUUGGAGCUGCUCUGUGGUGGUGCUUUGUGCCAAUGUACAUGUUCGCAUACGACAUGGUGAAGCUGAUGGGACAAGACAAUCCUACCGGCUUGGAGGUGUUGCUCAUCAAAGCCUUGGCUAUGUACUGUCUGUUCUUGGGAGUCGGCUGUUUUUUGGCAGCCAGAAGCGGUAGCUUCAUCGCAUACACGGUGUCCUUGUGGACAAUGCUGGGGAUCUGCACGUACUUCGCCUGCGUAUUCUACCCCUUCGACGUCCGUCUCGCCAACAGUCCCUACUUCGGGACACCUGCCUACUUCGUCAUUUGGUUUUCAUGGAUCCUGAGCGUGUUGCUUGUUGUGGCAGCCCUUGUUCACGACUAUCGCUUACCGACGAAAGAAAAGUUCUUUCCGUGCAUCAGUGGCACACGCGACUGUGAUACUCUGCAGUUGCCCAAGGCCCGAAAAAGCCCCAAAUCUGGAUGUUUAGAGUCGACCUUUAUCGGCGGCCGUGUGUAUGCCAGCAGCCACACGUAG